AUGUCUGUACCACUUGCAGUUCCAAGGUGUCAGAUGGGGGACUGUACUAUUGCUUUAACUAGAGAAUUCAAAAAGAUGAAGCCACUAGUGUUUCAUGGCAGAAUUGAACCAUUGAAAGCCAAAGCUUGGGUCUUAGGGAUUGAAAAGUUGUUUGAAGUGUUCCCUUGUACUGAAGCUCAGAAAGUACAAUUAGCCGUAUUCACCUUAGAAGAUGAUGCCAGGCAUUGGUCGAUGUUGGUGGGUGAUGAAAAUAAGGAUAUUACUUGGGCUCACUUUUUAGAGAUCUUUUAUGAGAAGUACUUCCCACAGUGUGUGCGGGACAGAAAGGUGUCUGAAUUUAUGGAACUCAAGCAGGGAAACAGAUCAGUUGCCGAGUAUAAGGCUCAUUUUACGGAGUUGGCUCGCUUUGCACCCCAUAUGGUAGAUACAGACUACAAGAAGGCUAGACAAUUUGAGGGAGGUUUGCGAGACCCAAUUUUGGACAAAAUGAAUUUGCUCAAGUUGCCAACAUAUGUGGAUGUGCUUGAUAAAGCACUAAUACCAGAAGGCAAUGUGGCUAAUUGUAAACAGAAGUUUGACUGGAGGGCAUAA